AUGCUGAAGCGCCAGUUAACGAACCUGCUGCUCGUGCUGUCCCUGCUGCGAGCCAUAACGCAAAUACAGAUGACCAAAGGAGAGGUCAAGUACGUCCCGCCAGAGGAGCUAAACAAGGAAGUUUCCGGAUUUUUCGGGUUCAAAUGUAACUUCUCAAGUAAAGGGGUUCACAAUUUAGAACCCAUUUUAACGGAAAAAAGAUCCCUCGUAUGUAGCAUCUAUUCCUACUUCAUCUAUGACAAAAUAAAAUUGACCAUCCCGAAGAAAACCGCAGGAUCGAAAUUUAAAAUGUUACCAGAAAAAUGCUUCGAAACAGUGUACACAAAUUAUGAAAAAAGGACAGAGGAAAAAAUUGAAAACAUGGGCUUGGUGGAAUACGAAGUGAAGGAAGAUAUUACCAACUCAGAAUAUAUAGAAAAAAUUAUCACAAUAUCUCCCUUCAACACAAAGGACGUUGAAUUUUUCUGCAUUUGUGACAACUCUGAAAAUGUCAUAUCAAAUGUGAAAGGAAGAGUCGCUUUGGUUCAAGUAAACGUCCUAAAGUAUCCUCAUAAAAUUACUUCCAUUAACUUAACAACGGAAGCAUAUCCUUACUUACCCAACCAGUUGAGUAAAACCUCCUUCACAUCAAAUAAAUUGGACUUAGAACUUCAAGACGGAGAAUUGGUUGUCCUGGCAUGCGAAAAAGUUGAUGAGAAGUGUUUCAAAAAGGCAAAUGAAUCUACUCCCCUUGCUCUAUAUAAAAGCAACAAAAUUGUGUACCAUAAAAAACUUGCCAUCUUUAAAGCACCCGUGUAUGUAAAAUCUGGAGAUGUCAACGCAGAGUGCUCAUGUGAUGUUGAUAAAACGAUCUAUACUGUGUCCUUAAAACCAACUACUCAUAAUUUUACAAAUAAUAUCGAUAUGGCUGAACUUGGGGAGAGUUCACAAAUUACUUGCGAUAUAGAGCUUGUAGAUACUUCAUAUAAUCACUUGAUAGGAAUGAGUUGUCCUGGAGAAAUAUUACCCGAAUGCUUUUUUCAAGUAUACCAAAGAGAGUCCCCUGAAUUACAGCCUUCCAAAUUGGUCUAUCUAGAUGCUCAACUAAAUAUAGGCAAUGUAGAAUAUUUUCAGGACAUCAAUGGAGAAAAUACGGUGAAGAUUUUUGGCCUCGUUGGAAGCAUUCCCCAAACGACUUCCUUCACUUGCAUUUGCCGAAAGGGCAAAAAAAUUGGCUACAUGUCUGUUAAAAUUGCUGCCGGUUACUUUGGCUUCCUGGCCAAGAUUUUUAUCCUCCUGAUUGUGCUGCUGCUGUUGUACUUCUGA